UUAUAUCCAGAAUGAUGAUGAUGAUGAUGGAUGUGAGGCUUGUUGUUGCUUCCAUGGUGCUUUUGGGGCAUAUGUCGUCAAUGGCUUUUGCAGUGAGGUGCAAAGAGAGUGAGAGACUCUCACUUCUUGCUCUCAAACAAAGCUUUGUUGAUCGUGAUGGCAAGCUCUCCUCUUGGAGUGAUGCUGAGAACCAGACCGAAUGUUGCAACUGGGAUGGUGUUUUUUGCGAUGAAGAAUCUGGCCAUGUGGAUGAACUUUAUCUAUCUUCUUACAAUCUGGAAGGUACAAUCAUUCCACCAGGAUUGACUAAAUUAUAUCAUUUGAAAUCGUUGGAUCUUUCUGGAAUUCAUUUCAAUCUAACUCAAUUCCCAAGUUCCAUUCUUUCUCUAAAGAAAUUGGAAUAUCUCGACCUCUCUGAUGUAAAUUUGACUAUGAAAAUUCCUUAUCAAUUGGGAGAUUUGUCCUCCCUACAACAAUUGAGUCUAAAUGGGAACCACCUCGAAGGUAGCAUACCCAAGUCCUUGGCUUUAUGUAGUUUAGAGGAGUUAGAUCUAAGCAACAAUUCCUUGAGUGGCCAAAUAGAUGACUUUGUUGCAUCAUUCAGCCAUUGUGCUGAUGUAUCAUUGGUAAUAUUAGAUUUAUCUAAUAACCAAUUUUCAUGGCCCCUACCAAAAUUUUCACAAAUCUCAUCCUUGCAAGAUGUAGAUGUGUCUCACAAUCGGCUCAUUGGAACUCUGAAUGAUGAUAUUGGACUUCUUUCCAACUUAGAACACUUUGACGUUGGAUAUAAUUCUGUGGGAGGUGUCAUAUCUGAAACCCAUUUCUCGAGGCUCUCUCAGCUAUAUUAUUUGGACUUUUCUUUCAAUCAUUUGAUUUUUAAAAUCAGUCCUCAUUGGACUCCCCCUUUUCAUGCUGGGCACAUUGGCUUAGCAUCUUGUGAGUUGGGCCCUGGCUUUCCAAUGUGGCUUCAAACCCAAAUAUUGUGUGACGAAAUAGAUAUUUCAAAUGCUGGAAUUUCUGGUACAGUUCCAAGUUGGUUUUGGAAUUUGUCUUUUAUAAGGCUAAACCUUUCGCACAACCAGAUUAUUGGUGAAAUUCCUUAUUUUUCAAGACCAGAGGGUAAACUUCUAUAUAUGGAUCUUAGUUCAAAUUUGUUUCGAGGCUCAAUUCCUUCAUUUUUAUCAUAUUUGCUUGAAGGUUUGGAUUUGUCCUAUAAUAAAAUUACAGAUGCUACCUCUUUCUUAUGCCCAAGCACUACCACAAAUAUUAGCCUUAUAGAUCUCUCAAAUAAUCAAUUGUCCGGUGUGCUUCCAGAUUGUUGGGAGUAUUUUGAUUCGUUGGUCUUUCUUAGUGUUGCAAACAAUAGCAUCUCUGGAAAAAUUCCAACAUCUAUGGGCUCCUUAAAAGAAAUCCAAGCAUUACAUUUAGACAACAACAAGUUUAUUGGUGAAAUACCUUUGACUUUGAAUAAAUGCAAGGAGUUGAGAACACUUGAUGUUGCACAAAAUGAACUUACGGGAUUGAUACCUACUUGGAUUGGUGGGCUUAAAAAGUUACGUUUCCUUAUCAUGAGAUCCAAUAUGUUUUUUGGAAGUUUACCUUACAAUAUUUGCCAUCUUUCCCAACUUCAAAUCUUAGACAUCUCCUUGAAUAGUGUGUCCGGAAGUUUACCAAAAUGUCUCAACCUUCUUUCUACUUUGGCAAAUGAAAAAAAUCACGUUGCAACUGUAAGCUAUUAUUUUGAUUACUUUGAUGAAGGCGAUGACGUGAUGCAGAACUAUUAUUCAACAAAGGAUAGUGCAUCAUUGGUGUGGAAAGGAAAGGAGUCUAUGUACCAAAGCAUAUUAGGAUUGGUCAAAAGCAUUGAUCUCUCUAGCAACAUGCUAACCGGAGACAUUCCGAGUGAAAUGAUGGAUCUUGUUGGAUUGGUUUCUUUAAACCUUUCAAGAAAUAUGAUCAGAGGACAGAUCCCGGCAGCCAUCGGAAAACUGAAAUCAUUGGACUUUCUUGAUCUGUCAAGAAACCACUUGUCUGGAAACAUUCCUUCAGAACUUUCACAUUUAGAUAGGCUUGGUGUGAUGGAUUUAUCAUACAACAAUUUGUCUGGAGAAAUCCCAAUUGGCACUCAGCUGCAAAGCUUCGAUCCCUCUUGUUAUGCAGAAAAUGCAGGACUUUGUGGUGCUCCUCUUCCUAAAUGUCCUCAAAAGCCAACAGAGGAUAAUCAAACUGAUAAAAGUUCUGAAGAAGAUGAAACAUUCUUUGAUGGGGGCUUUUUCAUUAGCUUGUCAGUCGGAUUCAUCAUGGGAUUUUGGGGAGUUUGCAGCUUAAUAUUUUUCAACAAAUCAUUCAGAUAUGCCUAUUUUGGGCUCAUGGGUGGUAUAUAUGACAAAGUGUACGCGUUGGUUGCUAUAAAUGUGGCCAGAUUGCGCAGAUCAAACCGAGCUUCAUCUUGAAGCACUUGGCUUUGUCGUCUAACAAGUUGAUUAACCUCUGUUCUGUAAAUUAAUACAGUCAACGCCUGGUGGCAGCUGCCGGACAAGGUUGCCCAGUAUACUUCAAUCACAAAUAAGGCAUUUGCUUUGUUUCAUUGUUCUUGCCUUAGGUUUCUGGUUUUGCUCCUCUCAGAAUGUCUUGUGUCAGUAACUUCUUGUUGGUCUGGCUUACUGGCUAGGUUCAAUUUGGUGGUUUGAUGUUUUUCUUUUUGAUACCAAUUGUUGUAAGCAAGAUAUUUCUCCGUAGUGUGGGUUAUCAAGUAAUUAAAGCAAA